AUGCCGCGACCUGCAGUCCUCUUGUGGGUGCUGGCCAUCGUCACGGCCGCGGCACUGCCCCUUUUUGCUCAGCCGGCUGGCCUUCUGCAGGAGCUCACUCACGGCUACUUCAGCCAAGGUAGCGUGGAGAGGGUGGAGGCCAAGGGCACAGAGUUUGCAACUGCGCUGGCACGGGACAGGAGGCCCGUGGUGCUCACCGACACCGGAGCCGCACGGUGGCGUGCCAUGGGUCUCUGGACGCCGCAGUACUUUUGCAGCGCAUCGGACGCUAGCGGCGUGGAGCAAGUGAGCGUGCCCGUCUUCAAGCACACAAAGAGGAUCUUCACGUGGUUCACGGAGCAGAGCCCGAUGGCGGGCCUCGCCGCGCUUGGCUGGCAACCGCCCCACACCAAGACCAGGCGCUCUCUCUGCCAAUUCUGGCGCGAAGCCCAUCCGUCCCUCUUCACCGACCUCGGCGCCGUCACCUUGUCGGACGACAGCAACGCGACAGCCCAUGGCGCGCCGCUCGAACAGCUCCACGCUGCCGAGCACGCAGCUGGUGGCUUUGGCACCACGACGCGAGUAGCCACGCCCGCGAGCUACAUGUACCUGAGCUGCCCGCUGGCGACGUUCCCCGAGCUGGCGCAGGACGUGGACCCGUUCGACUUCCUGGUCGUACCGAGGGAGUGGCGACCGCCCUCGAAGGGCGAAGGCGAAAACGAAAACGAAAGCGAAGACGAAGGUGAGGGUGGGGAGUCAGGCAGGUUCGACCCGAGUCGACACGACGUCAACCUGUGGAUGGGUACCGCGGGCGUCACUGCGCAGACCCACUACGACUGCUCGCACAACCUCUACGUCCAGGUGCACGGCACGAAAUCAUUCAUUCUGUCGCCGCCAUCCGAGCACGCGAAGCUGCACCUGUUCCCGGAGCUUCAUCCGUCGAGGAGGCAGUCGCAGGUGGACUUCUUGGCCGAGCCCGAUCGCCUCCGCUCCGUCUUCGCCAACUUCGACCACAACAUCACCGGCUAUCAGGCGGACCUGAGUCCGGGCGACGUGCUCUACAUUCCGCCGUUUUGGUUCCAUCGCGUGAUGGCCACGUCAGACGACAGCAUCUCCGUCAACAUGUGGUCCACCUCCAAGGAGGAGGACGUCUACAACGAGCUCGAGUACCGAACCCCGGUCCCGUUCGAGUCGGACUGGAGCGACGCCCAGCUGCGCAUCGCGCUCCGCAAGUACAUCCUCCUCCUGGCCCGCCACCACCUCGCGCGCGCCACCGCCAACGACGGCCGCCCCCCGGACACUGCCGCAUCCCGUGAUGAGCUGCGGGCGGCGGCGCAGUUCGUCAGCAGCUUCGUGGCCCGGUCCUACGCGCCGCUUUUCGCACAGCGCGACGAGUCGGACGUGGCGUGGUGCGACCCGACGACGGACAAGGCGACGACUACGACGCCGCUGGCGAAGAGCGAACGAAAAAAGCUGGCGACGUGGGCCAGGUCGAAGGCGUUAGAGGACCGGCUGGAAAGGGGCGCCCGACGGGUGGUGGACCUGCUGGCGCAGCUCGAGCCCGAGCCCGGUGAUGGCGACACAAGCGUGCGCGAGCUCCUGCUCCUGCGCUACGUGGAGAUGAUUGCCAACUACUUCCUCUCCACGGAGCGUAGGAAGACGACGCAGCUGCAUGAGGAAGGCGACGCGAAGACGACGCCGGUGCUGGCGGAGAAAAGAGAUGAUGGUGGCGGAGAAGAAGAAGAAGAGCCCACUACUGCUGCUGCCGCGAGCGCCUGCAAGCGGAGUCGCAAGGACGAAAACGAGCAGCCGACCACCUCCGGGUCCAACGAGUCAGCAUCAUCGCCCCCCGCCUACGACUAUGGCCUGCUGUGGGAGUGCGUCGGCAUGUUGGCCGAGGGCGACCCGCAAGAGCUGACGGGCGAGAAGCCGCCAGUCUUCGCCGACCAGCCGGUACCGCACGCGCUGGCGGCCACCGGCGACGAGCUACUGGCCGCCGCCGCCGGAGAGGGGCUGGUCUGGCACGAAGACGCCGCGACGACCCGAGAGCGCACGGUCCAGGUGCAGGAGUACCAGGUCGAGAUCGAGGCGCGCGUCUGGCGCGCUUCGCCGUCGGCGGCCGAGCCCAACCGCUUCGAGCUCACCCUCGUCACCAACGAUGCCGAACAGCUCCAUACACUAGCAUCUUCUCGUGCCGUGUAUACGUUCGUGGUGGACAAGGCGCAUCGCAGGUUCCUGUUUCUGGGCGUCUACGCGUGCAGGCCCCACUGCGGCACGAACGCGUUCACGUACGACAACAAUCGUCCGGGCGUCAAGGCACCCGACCGCCUGGUCGAGCCGUCGUCGGAAGCUCCCACCCCGACCAACAUCCUCGCCGCAGUCAGGCGGCACUACGGCGGGUUCGUCAUCGAUCAGUACCAUUAA